UGGGAAUUGGCAUUGAGUCAGCGACAGGACAAUUGUAAAGAUGUUGCCCUACAAGAGUCCCGGACGCUGUUCGGGUGCGCUCAUUCUGGUUGUGCUCGCAGUCUACUUGCUACUGAUCCUGCCCUCUCCUUCGUACGCUGAGAGCCUGGACUCGCUCAAGGAGGAGCAGCAAAGGCGCAAUAUGGAACCCAAGUUGGAGUCGGACAGCGACUCCACCGUCAAUGGAGCUGGCACUGCGCGUACGCACUUUGGUAACAACAACAGGCGCAACCAAAGAUCCAUUGGCUACGGGCCACGGUUUUUUCCUAUCUCUCACUCCAAAAUUCCCAUCGAACUGGAGCUGCUGGUGAACAACGAGGAGGCUGAGCGCCCAAAGAGAUUCGACGACUACGGCCACAUGAGGUUUGGCAAGCGGGGCAACGAUGAACAGUUUGAUGACUACGGCCACAUGCGAUUCGGACGAUAAAAACUAUGCACGGAUGCGGGGAUAGGGGAGUGAUAGGCUUUUGUAAAUAGUACAAGCUCAUGCUAACCAAUGCUAACAUAACAAUUGCUUA